UGGAGCGGCUUCUGCACUCUUGGCUGUUUGGAAGGCCGCAGGCGCGACUGCGGGCCUGGGAAGUGACCAAUCGGUGCCAGAGGGCCGGGACUGGGGGCCUUCUCCCUCACUCCCACUCCCCAGAAUUAGCGUAUUCUGACCCUUUUUUUCUCUGCUCCCCCUUAUUUUCACCCCUGGAUCCCGGGUUCAGCACAUCUGUAUUGCUUUGUGCUGAUAGCAGUAAAAUAUAAUACAGUAAAAAAAUAAUGUGAAACUUUUGAAUUAGAAAACUUGACCUUUUAGUUCCACUGAAGCGUCCCUAAUCUAGGGCAGGUUGUUUUAUUCCGAAGUUCGGCGCCUUCACCGGUAAAAUGGGGUUUAUGACCGCAUCUGUCACUGAGUUAUUUGUGAGGCGUUGACAUAGUUUAGAUCUCUGUCGAAAUCUGUUCUUUUAAACAUACCCUAUUUCUUCUUGGUUGAGGACCAUCGAGUAAGAAUCUUAAUCGAUUUUUAAAAGUCCUGAAUCGGAGAUGCACCUAGGUUUGACUCUUUAAAUUAAAUCAUCUAAAAUUAGAAAAGAAAUUUUAUAUGUGAGUUAUUGUAUCUGGAGCACUAAGUUCAGAAUUUAUUUUAAAAAGUGGGGGGAGUUUUUAUAGAAAGGAAAGGGGAGGAUAAAAUAUGUGCCUUAUUGUUUCUGUAUUUGAUAUAAUUAAAUGAACUUUAUGGUAUCUGUUCAAAGUGUUUAAUGAACUGAUGUAUGAUCAUUUUUGUGUUGCAAGGUUCAGGAAAUAGAUAAUAAAGAAAAAAAUAAGAACCCCAAUGGGAGUUCCUACAUACAGAUCACAAAUACAGAGAACAAAGUGGUGGUUACCAGAGGGGAGAGGGGUGAGGAGAUAGACAAAAUAGGUGAAAGGUUUGAGGAGGUACAAACUUCCAGUUAUAAAAUAAAUAAGUCACAGAGAUGAAAAGCACAGCAUAGAGAAUAUAGUCAACAAUACAGUAAGUAUAGUCAGUAAUACAGUAUGCUGUGGUGAGCAUUGAGUAAUGUAUAGAAUUGUCGAAUCACUGUGUUUGUACACCAGAAACUAACACUGUAUAUCAACAAUUCUUCAAUAAUAAAAAGUGAAAAUUCCAAAAGAACUAAUAAAAGAUAAAGUAAUUCCGAUGGGUCUCAGUAGACUCUGAAAAGCUGGGAAGAACCUGGAAAUCCUUUAGUACGGUCAUUACAUUUUAUAAUGAAGUAACAGGCCCAGAGACGCUAUUAGUCAUAAGUGAUAAAUUUAAACCUAAGGUUAGUACUUUUGGCACUAGUAAUAAAAUCUAAUGCCACAUUAGGAUUGAAUACUGUUAAACCUGUGAAAUUAGAAAGAAAUUAGUAUCUUAAGGGAAGACCAACUCUGGAACUUCUCAGUAGCCAUUCCAAACAAAAUCAAGUGAUAGGGUUUUAAUUAGAUUUAAUUCUACAAAUAUUAAUGCCCUUUGUAUAAGUAGGACAUAAAUAUAAGUUAAAUACAGCCUCUAUCCUUAAGCUUAUAAUCUAAGGAAAUAAUUAGUGCUGAAAUAAGACAAUAGGUAGGACAAAAAAGGCUACCAGAGAGAAAUCUAAUUUGGAAGUUCCAAGAAAGAAUGGAAGAGAGAACAUCUGAGAAGAGCCUUGAAAGACUGAUCUUGAUAUGGAUAAAAUAAAGCAGAUAUAAUUCACCUCUAGAAAGAUUAUUUAUACCCUGGCAUUUGAAAUGUUUUGUAUUUAGUGUCAUAGUAAAAAUGGAAAAAGGGAAAGUAAAUGAUGAUGGAAAACCAGACCCAGAAAAUUCUUUGGACUUUUCUGAACACUUUAACCAACUUGAAUUGUUGGAAACACAUGGACACCUUAUUCCCACUGGUACCCAAAGUCUCUGGGUAGGGAAUUCUGACGAAGACGAGGAGCAAGAUGAAAAAACCGAAGAGUGGUAUCAAUUGCAAGAAAAAAAGAUGGAAAAAGAUCCAAGCAAAUUGCUUCUUUGGGCUGCGGAAAAAAAUCGGCUUACCACAGUGCGGAGACUGCUGUCUGAAAAGGCCACUCACGUGAACACUAGAGAUGAAGAUGAAUAUACCCCUCUUCAUCGAGCAGCCUACGGCGGACACUUAGAGGUGGUGCGCGAGCUGAUCGCACAAGGGGCAGAUGUCCACGCGGUGACUGUGGAUGGCUGGACACCCCUGCACAGCGCUUGUAAGUGGAAUAAUACCAGAGUAGCUUCGUUCUUACUCCAGCACGACGCAGAUAUUAACGCCCAAACAAAAGGCCUCUUGACCCCCUUACAUCUCGCCGCCGGGAACAGGGACAGCAAAGAUACCCUGGAGCUCCUCCUGAUGAACCGCUACAUCAAACCGGGUCUGAAAAACAACUUGGAAGAAACGGCCUUUGAUAUUGCCAGGAGGACAAGUAUCUAUCACUACCUCUUUGAAAUUGUGGAAGGCUGCACAAAUUCGUCACCUCAGCCAUGACGGUUCUAAUAAUUUUCUUAAGUUUCCGAGUACCAGUGCCUCCUUUGUGUGAGAUAGGACAUAUCCCCAUGAUAGAAGGUUGACAUCAAAAGUUUUACGGUAGAACUCCAGUGGUACACAGUCAAAUGUCCUUCCAAGUGACAUGCCUAACGUUGAUGUCAAAAUGUAUUUGAAAGUUGUUUGGAUACAUCUUUACUGAUCUAUGUGCACUUUGUAAUUUUUAUCAGAAAUAAUUUUAACACACUUAUACUUAAAAACUUGUAACGGGUUGUACAGAAAACUAACGAUAUUUUUGGUGCUGAUCCAAGAGAAGUGUAUUUUUAAAUCUCCCCCAUCCUGGGUCUUUGUGGAGUAUUUAGUAUAUUGACAUGUAUUUUUAUAAGGCGAGGUAACUCAGAAUUCAAUUUAAAAAACUCAAGUAUACUGGUGCGGUGCAGCCGUCAUCUCCACGUCACUAUGGCCAUUUGCUUUCAUUUUAAACCGUAAGAACUGACUUACUCGUGACUUGAAUUGUCAGAAGUUUAAGAAAACAUUGGAAGAGCUUAGAUCUUUGUCUUUUAGAGCAAAGUAGUUAGCUAAAGUGUUUAGUCCGUGAAUGUAAUAUACUGCCUCCGCUACCACAGUUCACACAAUCCUGUGGACGGUCCUACCUCACCCUGGUCAACCCACGUGAUCCUUCUUCCGUCGGUGAGUCGGCAUGACCUUUUACACAUGCACACAACUCUACCUUGGUCCAAGAGAUCAUAAUGUAUCUGCUCGCCAACUGGUUCUACCUGCCUAAUCCUGUUUGUUCAGGGCACUGCUCAGAUGGUCUCUCUAGUUCACAGGAAGUGUCGAUUUUUCCGAGGUUCUCCUUUUAUACAAAUCCUACAAAGGCAAAGGGACAAGGGAAAAGGAAUUCUAAGAGUGAAGGGAUGAUGAUUAUACUGGGGCUAGAUUAUAAGUGGCGCAAGCUUUAAAAAGCCACAGUGUGGAUGGUGACACGAGUAUAAAUAUGAAUAUUCAGAAAAAAAUAAAAGCUUGGAACAACAAAAA